GGAGGCAGUUCCUCAUACAGGCAGGAUGAUGCUUUGAUAGAUCUGUCCCAUCUGGGCCAGGUGAACUCAAAUCUUUUUCUUGUUUCCAACGGGCAGGUCCUUAUGAAACAAUCUUGGUACCCUGGGGGUCUGUCAGCAGCCAAGAUGGAGCCUUUCUUAAGAAAACACUUGACCUUCCUAUCAUUCUUUUGGAACAAGCUCUGGCCCACCAGUGUUCCUGAUGACUGCAUCCCCAGAUACCCAGGCCCUGAUCCUGUCACAAUGGACCUUGAUCCUGACCCUGACCCAGAACCCUUCUCUACAAAAUCAAGCAGCCCCCCUCCCUCGGUCCUUUUCAUGGUUCUGUAUGACUUCACAGCCAGGUGUGCAGAUGAGCUGAGUGUGAGCAGAGGAGACAAGCUCUUUGUGAUCAAAGAAGAAGGUGACUACAUCUUUGCCAGGAGGCUCUCUGGUCGGCCAAGCACUGGGCUGGUACCCAUUAAUUAUGUGGCCAAAGCCACCCAGGAUACCUUCUCCAAUCAACCGUGGUAUUUUGAUGGGAUCAGCCGGAGCGAGGCUCAACAACUUCUGCUGUCCUCCUCCAACCAGCAUGGAGCCUUUUUGGUUCGACCCAGUGAGAGUAGUCGAGGAGACUACUCAUUGUCAGUUCGCACACAGGCCAAGGUCUGCCAUUAUCGAAUUUCCAAGGCCCCAGAAGGUGGCCUAUAUAUUCAGAAAGGCCAGGUUUUCCCCAGCCUGGAGGAGCUCCUCACUUACUACAAAGCCAACUGGAAGAUUAUUCAGACACCCCUGCUGCAGCCCUGUGUACAAGAGCGGCUACUGGAGAGGGAUGAAUGGGAACGGCCCCGAUCUGAGUUUGCCCUUCGAAGAAAGCUGGGAGAAGGCUAUUUUGGAGAGGUGUGGGAAGGCUUGUGGCUGAAUAAGAUUCCAGUGGCCAUAAAGAUCAUAAAGUCUGCUGACAUGAAGCUUGAUGACUUCACCAAGGAGAUUCAGAAUUUAAAGAAUCUAAAGCAUGAGAAGCUGAUCAGAUUGCAUGCAGUCUGCUCCAUCGGGGAGCCUGUAUACAUUGUGACUGAGCUCAUGAGAAAAGGGAACCUCCAGAGCUUUCUCAACAGUCCAGAAGGGAAGGCCCUCAGCAUCAUCCACCUCAUGAGCAUCGCCUGCCAGGUGGCUGAGGGUAUGACCUACCUGGAGGAGAGGCACAUUGUACACCGGGAUCUAGCUGCUCGAAACAUCCUGGUGGGAGAGGACCUCACCUGCAAGAUCGCAGACUUUGGCUUAGCCAGGCUGCUAAAGGAUGAUAUUUAUUCCACAAAAAGCAGCACCAAAAUACCUGUAAAGUGGACAGCGCCAGAAGCAGCCAAUUAUAGGAUUUACUCACAGAAGUCAGAUGUUUGGUCCUAUGGGAUCCUGCUUUAUGAAGUUUUCACAUAUGGACAAUGUCCCUAUGAAGGAAUGACCAAUCAGGAGACCAUUCAGCAGAUCUCCCGAGGUUACAGGCUUCCUCGCCCACUCAUUUGUUCCCCUGAAGUUUAUAUACUCAUGUUGGAGUGCUGGAAAAGCAAUGCUGAGGAGAGACCUGCCUUCUCUGUGCUCAGAGAAAAGCUCAGCUCCAUCUACAGACGUCUCCAUCAUCCCUUCACAUGACUUAGGUCCAGCUGCCUUCUCCUACACUCUUUCCCCAUAUUCCUACCCCAAACCACAAACUGUACAGGACUUCCAGUGUCUUUCUGAUGCCUUCUUAUAGGGAGAAGGGUAUCAGGAGAAUGCUUCUUAAGGACUCCUAAGAUCUAUGACCAGGAGACUUAUUGAACCUAGAUAUCCUUGGAUUCCUACAGAAUCUCAGAAUUGGAAAGGUUCUUAAAAGUCAUGUAGACCAACCUAUAUUCCAAAAGCUCCUACUGCCACAAGCUGAACAAGUGGUCUCUUAGCCUUCACUUAGAAGCUCUCUAGUGAGGGGAAACUCACUACCUCCCAGCACAAUCCCUUCUACUUUCUUCUUAAUCCCCCCUUCUCAUCAUUCUUCUUCCACUAUGAGAAAAUAGAAUGUGGAUGAAGGGAUCUUCCUUACAGCUAGUCACUCUCAGGAAUAUAUUUAAUGUAAAUAUUGUACAGAGGACAUUUAAAUGUCAAGAAAGAGAAUAAUCUGGAAUUGUAUGUCUAUAGAAUUGAUCUGAUAGUGUGUUGAUGUUUGAUAUCUUCAUUACAUACAUGUUUGUUAAAAGGAAAAUUCUUUGUUCAGUUCUUCAUCUUGAUUAAUGACGUAAAACUCAGGUAAAAGAGAAUUAAAAGGUAUUUAUUCAAAGUAUGUCAAGAUAACAGCAUGUUGACUGACUGGAGAUUAGCAGGGCAUUCAAGAUGGGACCAGCUUUUAUGGAUAACUUUAAUAAUGAGAUAAAGACAUUUUAGAUAGGUCUUCAUCAGCAAAGGUGUAGACUUCAGCUUCUCCCUGAUUUCCUGUAUAUGAUAUUUAACACAUAGGAGAUAAUCUGUGACAGUCAUGGGAUGUCCUACUACAUGAUGGAUAGCAGAUGACAUAAAAAUUGUAAACUGGAUAGUAUCUCCCCCAACAUUAAUUUACAAGCAGAAUUGGGAACAAUGGGUCACUGAAUCAAUGUAAGUUUCAAAAUAUGUUCAUUCAACAGAUAUUCACUGAACACCUAAUAUAUCUAAGACAGAAUGCCAAAGGCUUCAGGGACUAUAAACAUGAAUAGAAUAUAGCCCCUACCUUGAUGAAGGAACAAGGGAAAUAAGACAUAAGACACAUACACAUACAUAUAACAAAGACAACUAAACAAGUAUUAAGUGCUUACUGUGUGCCUGAAUUGUAGAUAUAAAGAAAGAUAAAAAAGCAAAAAAAGUUCCCCAAACUCAGUCUCUACUCACUCUCACAAUCUAAUAUUUGAGAACUAAUAGACAAAAAGAUACAAGAUAAAAUUGUAAUAAUAGAUGUAAGGCAAUAAAGCAUUAUGGGGAAUUGGGAAAGGCUUCUUUUCCCAAGAAGGUGAGAUUUUUAGCUGAGAUUUGAAGGAAGUCAGUGAAGAUAUGAGAUAAAAAAGGAGAGUUCCAGGCAUGGCAAACAGAGUGGUGAGAUGGAAUGGUAGUGAUGGUGGUAAUGAUAGUGACAUCCGACAUUUAUAUGGCAAAAUUGCAAGGGAUCUCAGAGACCAUUUAAUCCAGUCCUUCUGAAACAUAAUUGACAAACAAGACCCUCUAUUAGGCCUCAGGUGGGGAGGAUAAUUCCUACCUGAAGCAUUCUAUUCCAAGCUUCUCUGCAGCGUCUGUCCAUUUUUCUUAGUUCUGAUGUCUAAGACCAGACUGAAUCCCUGCCUCUCGUGAUAGUAAGAAAAGUCAUUUCAUGAUGGUGCAAAAUCAAGAUCUUUUGCCUUCCUGGUUUCCUUUGCCCUUUCUAGCUUAGCAAUGUCCAAUCUAAAAUGCAGAGCAUAGGACUGAAUAAAAUACUCCAGCUAUGA